GUUUCCCCGACAGCUGGAGGUGGCGGCGGCCGCGCUUGGGAACAAGCGGGAGGCGGUAGCUGUUCGCCGCAGCAACAGCGGCUGCAGCGGCUCCUCCUCCUCUUGCUGCUGCUGCUGCUGCUUCCCUUCACUGAGUCCCUCCGCCUGAGUCCCAGCCCCCGCCUCUCCGAUCCUCCGCUCGCUCCUCCUUAUUGACAAAUACACAAAGGGCCGCGCCGGUCUGGAGACGCGUCUGGAGCCGGCAUGGGAGACAAGAAGAGCCCCACAAGGCCGAAGCGGCAGCCGAAACCCUCCUCCGACGAGGGCUAUUGGGACUGCAGCGUGUGCACCUUCCGGAACAGCGCCGAGGCCUUCAAGUGCAUGAUGUGCGAUGUGAGAAAGGGCACCUCCACCCGGAAACCUCGACCUGUCUCUCAGCUGGUUGCACAACAGGUUACCCAGCAAUUUGUGCCCCCUACACAAUCAAAGAAAGAAAAAAAAGACAAAGUAGAAAAAGAGAAAAGUGAAAAGGAAACUACUACCAAAAAGAACAGUCAUAAGAAAACCAGGCCCAGAUUGAAAAAUGUGGAUCGAAGUAGCGCUCAACACUUGGAGGUUACUGUUGGUGAUCUGACAGUCAUUAUUACAGACUUUAAAGAAAAAACUAAGUCACCGCCUGCUUCUAGUGCAGCUUCUGCAGACCAGCACAGCCAGAGUGGUUCUAGUUCUGACAACACAGAGAGAGGAGUGUCCAGGUCAUCUUCACCUAGAGGAGAAGCCUCAUCACUGAAUGGAGAAUCUCAUUAAAGUUUAUUUACUUCCGUUUCUUUAGUCUUUCCUCUCAAAAAAUUACAAAUAUAUACUUCUGCCAACAGUUACCACAUUUUCAUGACCUAUUAUCCACCAUGCAUGAUUAUGUUUACUCCAAUAUGAUUUAUGCAGUUUUUUACAAGCAGUGCUGCAGCGCACUUAAAUUGCACUGCAAUCUACAAAACAUUUUCAGAUCAACUUUUUUAUCUCCAUAUACAAUGGUGCCAUGAAAAUGUGGUUUGAAUGUUCUUGACACAGUGUUACUGGUAAGUCCAUUUCCUCCCUGACUUUAGUGAAUUUUAACAGAACUCUUGAUUCUAUGCUAUUGGCAUGUACUGAAUUUUAAAAAAUAGUUCAAGCUGCCUAAAUAUGUAUUAUUUGAGAAUUGUGAAUCAUAGUUAUAUGUAUGCAAGUCAAAGAUCAACUUAAUCAACUAUUGCUGCAAAAGACUUUUCGUAAUUAUUAUCUUUCAAACACCUGCUGGUACUUGGUGUGGUUGAAUAGGAAAAAUGUUAUUAAAUAAAACAUUUGUAUGAAUUUUUGCCAAUGUCCAACACAUUUUACUGGGUUAUUGUAACUGAAUAAUGUUGCUAGCUUCUCCAAUAUUUUCCUCACACAUUUAGAACAUUUAUUGUUAAUGUUUACAAGCAAAAAAAGUAAAUCUGUUACAUACAUUGUUUAGCUUUAUAAUUCAAAUAUAGUACUACCUUGUCCUUAUACACUGGUAUUCUAUGUUAUAGAACAUAAAUUUAUUCUCAAAUUAUUAGUCAUUUUGUUUGUUUUUUUAAAUCUAUAUCUUAAAACUACUGUUGUUGACUUUAAAAUCCCAAACAUGAUGCUGUCAUAAUUGGUAUUUUCUACUUACUUUCUCCCAGAUUUGCCCCAUGUUACAGUGGUAUAUCUGUUCAGCAGGAGGCUGGGAUCCAAAGAGGCUUUUAAGUUUGUAUAUGAGUUUUAGUGCAGGCUUAUGGUUUGUUUUGUUUUGUUUGGGGUUUUUUUAGCCAUAGUUCUUUGCACUGCACCAGAGAGCAUUCCCAAAGAUCUCCCAAGAUUAAAAACAGGCAGUGCAGGGGACUGCAGCUGGAAGAGGUGAACUUUAAAAGCAAUGGUGCCUGUGUGUGUGUGUGCGUGUGCGUGUGAAAAGAACCUGUGCAGCCUUUAGGAUUCAGGCCAGUGAUAUUAAAUGUUGCACCAGAGUAAAUAAAUAAGCAAGUGCUGUAUGUAUAACAUUGGUUUCUAUAUCAGCCUUUUGCUUUUUUUUUUAAAGAACUUUUAUUAAAUAAUAUAGAGUAAAUCAUAGGAAAAAUGCAAUUCUUUGUUUUUGAUAUAGUGGUGGACAUUUAUGCAUUUAGCAAUAUAUAGAUACAGAACAAAAGGAUUUACAGUCCCAUUCGGUAUUAUGUAAACCUUCCAAUAAAAUAUUUUUAUGAGUA